GUCAUUUUCAACAGAUUCGGGACUCCCAAUGCACAGAUUUUGAUGCACUGAGUUAUUCAAUAAUGAUUUUGGCAUUAAAAAGUGCCUCGCUGAUAAAGGUACUUUGUGAAUAUUGGCGGUCAGUAGUUGCACUGGGGAUUUUCUUUGUGAUGGUAGGGACGACGGGCCGGACUCCACUGAUUGACAUCUCUCGCCAAUGCAUUCAAUCUAAAGCAAGACGCUCCUUUUUUCUAUUCACCUUUAUCGCAAUUCACAGGGCUAUUAGAAGAGGUGAGUCUCCCAGUUUUCACACUGGGGAGGCUUUUCCUCGACGUUUCGUUUGGGACGUUGAAAGAUACUGAUCAUUAUCGACUUUGAAACACUCAAGUCGGGACCAUGGCUUCCGCAAAUAGUCAUGAACCACCCAACUCGUUCACUAUCAAAACCAAUUAUCCUAUCGUCCAAGAUCUGGCUCUAUAUUUUGGCGUUGUCGUCGACGACACCCUCGACACUACGUUGCUGAAACAGAAGGCAGAAGAACUCAUUUGUCACUGGCCUAUACUCGGAGGCUUUAUGAGCAAAAAAACGAAACCCUAUUCGUUUAGUAUCGGAAAGAAUAUCGACGUCAAAAGCCGCAUGUUGAAUCGUACAGGCAGAGAAAGUUUGCCAAUAUUGUAUGACUGUGAAAGUCGGCAGCCUAGCUCACCACUGGUGUUCUCUGCCAACUCGAGCAUCCCUGAUACGUUGUUCCAUUUCGAUGCGCCAUCGAACAAAUCAUCAGAACCUCUAUUCACACUAAGGAUAACAUCAUUGCAAGAUGUGACGCUUCUAGGCUUCCGCUGUCCGCAUUACUUCGUUGACAGUCAAGGUAUGUUCGACAUCAUCAAAACAUAUGCAGCGCUGGUCUCUGGGAAGCCUAUCCCAACCCUUAUACUUUCUUGUGACGAAAGAUAUGAUCCCAUGUCGAACUCGGUCCCUGUCAUGGAGGCACACCCCAGAGACCCAGUGCUAGACUUUGACGGCCAUCGAGUUGGGUUGGUAUCUACGCUACUUACAGCUUCCCACAUGCUGUGGAAAGGGGCGAAAAGGGUAAUGGGCAUCAUUGAGACACCAGAAGAGCGAUAUGUCUAUGUCCCGAAGAAAUGGAUCGACGAUGCUCGACAGCACGCUGUCAAGGAAUUAGCAGAGGUCGAUGAAACGAGACAUGCUGCCGCAGGGUUGACUAAACAGGAUAUACUCACCGCUUGGUUCUUGAAAUGCUCUUAUCAAAAUUCGACACCCGACAACCGUCCCAUAAACUUCUACUACUCCCUCAACUGGCGUUUCGCUCUUCCAUCUCUGCCAGAUAAUGAAGCCUGCCCACGUCACACCGUCUACGCACGUUUGAUCCGUUUCGACUCUCUGCGCAAGCUGCAACAGGACUCUCUUGCCCAGAAUGCGCUCACCAUUCGACGAGCUGUCAACCAAGCGAGAACGCCAUCAGAAAUCUAUAGAGCUCUGAAAUUCCUCGAAAACAACUUAACCAACUUUGUCACGAUGGGAGGACCCGAUAUUGAUCUCAAUCGAGUGCCGAUUCUCUCGUCCUCUACGGCAAUGCCAUUCUGCGAACUGGAUUUUCGGGGCGCUUCAACAACAGGUAGUGAAGCGAAGGUGAUAUAUGUACAGCCGUGGGCUCCACUGGCUAUGUGCUUGCAGUUUGUGCCAUUUUCUAUAUCAACCAAAGACGGCAAGGGAGGGUACUGGCUGAGAAUGGCAAACGUGCCUCAAGCGUGGAAGGGGUUUCCAACUGAGGUUGAUGCUUGAUUGUCUACAUUUGCGUAUGAGUACCGGAUAGAUAUUACCCUCAACCGGACAUUCCCUUUUGUUUCUGUUUAUCUUAAGCUAUUCUCUAUAAUAGGUGUAUCCUGCAUUGAAUCCCACCUCCAUGGAACGUAGUAUACAUAUUUUAC